AAAAAAAAAAAAAAAAAACAGAGCAUUCCGAUGGACGCAGCUCUAGCAGAGUAGUAACAGAGAAAUCAAGAAAAAGAGGCACCAAAUCUAGCCCAUGAUUGCGAACCCACAAAACUUUCAGGUCUUCAACGUCUUGUAUGCUUCCAUUGCAUUUCUCGUAAUUCAAGAAGAAUACAUUCUUCCAAUUCACUGCAAUGUCUAAAAUUAAGAAAAGCACAGCAGAUAGGCAAAACAGGAAGAAGUUAGACCCAAUUGAUAACAUACCAAAUUACCCAAAACAGCAAAGACGCCCUGUACCUAAACGACGCUCUGAUUUCUCUUCCUUCUUCUCCUCCUCCGCCUCUUCUAUCUCCAAUUCAGGUUCCUCGCAACAUGGUUUGUUGAAUGCCACUAUGGCUGGUUCUGUUGAUAAUGAGAUUGAGGAAAAAGCAUUGCUUGAGCUUCCUCUGAUUCAAUUCAAGAAAUCUGCAGAUAAAAAAUCAAAAAUGUUAUCUGAUUUCUACAGAGCUCCAGUUACAGGAUUUGAUUCAGUUGCCCAAAAUAUAAGCAUUGACCAAUGUGGUGAUAGCAAGCAGACAAGUGCUACAACAAUGGAAUCUACUCAUGAGAAAUCACAAGUUGCAGAAAGCAGUAGUAUUUGUGUAGUUCCUGGAAAUGUUGUGUGGGCUAAAAUGGAUCGCGAAGUUUGGUGGCCUGCUGAAAUUGUUGGAGAAACAGCAUCUGUAGUUGAUUCAAGAAGUCGAGUCCUUGAUGGCCGUGUUCUAGUGCAAUUUUAUGGGAAGCAUAGAAGUGCUUGGGUUGAUCCAGCCACAGAUCUUUCACAGCUUGAGGAUUGCUUUGAAGAAAGGUGCUGUAACACUAUGGACAACUUUCAAGAUGCUUUGAAACAAGCAUUGAAAAGGGUGGAAGGUUUAAGUUCACGCGAACAACUCAUUGGAAGCCCUGAUGGAUCUGAACAACCUUACAAGCAAGAUCAGUCAUCGAAUGAACAGACAUCAUCACUUGCUAGCAAAACAGGAAGUGAUUUCCUUAAAACCAGAAAAGGCAAGAGGAAACAAAAGCCUAAAAUUUGCUCUAGUGAAGCUACAUUUCCUCCCAAAUCGGCCGGAAAAGUCCGCCGUUUCAGGAUAAUGCGCUACCUUGGCCUCAUAGCUCCUGUAGGAUCUCCUUUUUGUCUAACUGAUGCAAAAACUGCCUCUUAGUACCUCUGAAUUUCUUUUUUUUUUUUUAUUCUUAUAAAUGCAUGAAUAAGGACCAUUUAUGCUUGUUAGCAGACAAUUGGGUCUGCAAUUUAGCUAUAAUUAGGUAUGCACUGUAACUUGUAAGCCAUCUUUUUCAUUAUUUUUGUAUUGAAGUCGAAGAUAGCCAAAAAUCUGAACAGAGCAAUACUAUUAUUAUGUUUAUAAGGUGGAAUGCCUUUUGAUAUUUGACAAAUUUCAAUACAAAAUGAAAUUUAUUCUUCUA